AGGAAUAUGUCCCCGCUGUCCCCUAGUGUGGUCGGUCAUGCGUGCGGUGUCCGACUCCAGCCAGCAGUUAAAAAUGCGCACGCCGACUUGGAUGCCUAACCCUAAUCUUCUAUACUGGCCGGUGUUUCCUGAGGCUCGUGCGUGUGAUCUGCCUCUCGGUCUCGUCCGCUACACUUGCACGCAGUGUGUCAGUGUCUGGGUCUCGCUGCCUGUUGGCAACGGGUGGAACGAGGGAAGGGAAAAUCCAGGACCGUCUUUACAUACUCAAUGGUUGAUUGACGACGGACAUAUACGGUUCUCUCAAGAUGGUGGGGCGUACAAGCAAUGGAACUCACAAGUAUGCAUGCGAUCCUGUUGCACCGGGUGUGGCCGGACGCAGGAGGGAAUCGGGCACGAUGCUGACUGAGCCUGCUCUCUUUGCUAAGGACACCAGCUGUGAGUGUCGCGCCCCUCAUGAGAGACUCUCCAUUGCUCAAGCCCGCAGAGGGACCCCAGUAGACCGUCCAGUGCGUGUAUAUGCAGAUGGGAUAUUUGAUUUGUUCCACUCCGGCCAUGCCAGAGCUCUGAUGCAGGCCAAGAACCUCUUCCCCAAUGCAUACCUCAUAGUGGGAGUGUGUAGUGAUGAGCUGACCCAUAAGUAUAAGGGUUUCACUGUGAUGACUGAGGAUGAGCGGUACGAGGCUCUGAGACACUGUCGCUAUGUCGACGAAGUGGUCCGAGAUGCACCAUGGACGCUCACACAGGACUUCCUGGAAAAGCACAAGAUCGAUUUUGUGGCUCAUGACGAUAUCCCAUACUCCUCAGCAGGAACUGAGGACGUCUACAAACACAUCAAGGAGGCAGGCAUGUUCGUGCCAACUCAGAGGACAGAGGGUAUCUCGACCUCUGACCUGAUCACUCGUAUUGUACGAGACUACGACCUCUACGCUAGACGCAAUCUACAGCGGGGCUACACCGCUAAAGAGCUCAAUGUCAGCUUCAUCAACGAGAAGAAGUACCGCCUGCAGAACCAGGUGGACCGUAUGAAGGAGAAGGUGAAGACUGUGGAGGAGAAGAGUAAACACUUUGUCUACCGCGUGGAGGAGAAGAGCCAUGACCUCAUACAGAAGUGGGAGGAGAAAUCACGGGAGUUCAUCGGUAACUUCCUGGAACUGUUCGGCCCAGAUGGAACAUGGAAACAGGUGUUUAGUGAGCGUAGUGGUCGGAUGAUCUCCUACGCCCUAUCACCCCACGGGUCGCCUAGUAACAGUCCCCCCCGGCAACUGUCUCUGUCUCGUUCCCCGUCUCCCCCCUCGCGCUGGCUUCACCCCCGACCAGCCUCCCCUUCCUCACCCAAAGGGGCUUCCGCCUCGUUCAGUAGCAUGAGUGAAGAAGAUGAGAACGAGAAGUAGGGGCCUGGACUGUGGAACAGACACUUGACACCACGCAUAUACACACACACCUAACAGCUGAUGCCAUGCAUACACACACACACACACACACACCUAAGACCACAUACUCACUUACUGCCUGAAAGGUGCUGUCACACGCACACACACUCUCUCUCUCUCUCUCCGACAUCCCCUUCCACACACUGGCAGCAAUGACUGGAUGCUGAAGGAAGUUGUAGAUAUGCAAGACAGAAGGGGGUCAUGGGAAAUGUAGUGUAGUGCUGUAGCACGAAGAAGCCAUCAGUCUCUGUUGCCUGGGCAACGAAGCAGACAGGAAUGUAGAGAACAGAAGACGAUGCGACUGACCUGUUUUUGAUUGCUCAGGUCUGACAGAGACGGUAAAUAAAAGAACGCCUGUUGAUCAUAUCAUUCCAUCAUUUUAUGUCCUCCUUUUUCUCUAUCCUUUUGAUUUUAAAUCUCAUGUUAUGGUCAUAUUUUAGAGAAAAACCAGGGUAAACAUGAUAGAAGAUAUUUUCUGCAAUUUCACAACAAUUGUCUGCAGUGUGACUAUUUGCAUUGUGAUAUUAAGUGAGUAGCAGGGUUGGGGUCAAUUGCAUUUUAAUUUUGGUCAAACCAAAUUCCAAUUUGAAAUGUUGCUAAUUGAAAAUAAUCUGAAUUUUAGUGUACUUCCUGAAUUGAAAUGGCCCCAACCCUGGUGAGUAGACCUACACCAUUACAGAACUCUCCAGAUAGAGAUUGAAUUUAUAGACAAACCGAGACAGUUCUCUAUACAGUAAGAGAAUAGACUGUCUGCACCAUUCUGUUUCUAAUUGCAUCAUUCUGUUAUGUGAUGCAUACUGACUGUGCCCUAGUUUGUAGGUUUAAGAGAGAAACACUGUCCUCUAGAGGAGUAAGUAACUGCAGCCGUCCUGGGAGACAAGAGGCCACUUCAGACUACGGACAUGCAACCCACAGAAUUACAAAUAAUUCUGUACCAGAUUAUUUGCCAUAGCAACUAGUCUCCCUAGGCAGAAGUGUUGCCUCCCACAGUGCUAGAUGGCAGAUUUCCGAGACUACAUAGCAACACAAAUGAAUGGAUGUUACAUUUCAACAACGGUAACACCGUGGAACUCAGUACGUGAUUGGUGAUUGCAUAAUGAACAAAACACUUGGAACUUCAGUAUCAGGGAUGCCCCCCCCCCCAUGCUUUCCCAAUAUGGCCGCCUGCCCGGCCCAUCAAUUGUAAACAGUGCUUUCAACUGGAGAAACUGAUAUGUCAAUUUAUUUGCUUUUAGAGAAUGUACAAUUGUGACAGCUUAUUCAGGAGCCUUCCUUAUUAGAAACGAGAGAUCAAAGGUUGUAUAGUACAGAGAUGGCCAGUGUUAUCCACAAAGGGCUGGUGUGGUCCUAGAAUCAGGUGUUAUAACUUGGCUGGAAGAAAAGCUUGCACCCACAUUGGUCCUUUGUGAAUAAGAUUGAUCCGCCCUGCUGUCGUAGAAUCAUUGUGCUCUCCUCUUGCUAGUCACACAUGACACAGAACUGUUCUUCAACUCGAUGUCUCUCGCUACGACACCUCACAGGCCACAACUGUUCCACAGCGGAUACCCACAUAACAUCACUUCCUGCCACACCUCCUGAUCCACCUUAGAGACGUUCUUGUCCUGUAUGCAUUAUAUGUAAUCCUGCACUGUGUGUACAAGAUUGGGAAUGUGUGUUUCUGUUUGUAUCGUCUUAUUUUCUAAUGUCUAAUUCCUAAUGGCGUAAUAUGUAAAUAAAUAAAAAAUGAAAG